AAAGGUUUGGCUCUUUUUGUUGUUGGCCUUAUCUUUCUGCAGUUUCAGGAGUAUUUAUAAUACAGAAAAAUUGGGGUUGUUGGGUUGUGGCGUUACCCACUUUGUUAAUCUCUCUUGGAAAGUGUCGAACGUUGGAGAGGUGAAGCUUUGUGGGUGGUAGCUUUCUGUGUAGGUGAGAAAUGGGUUCCCAUCUAAAACUUGCAAAGAGGGCUGUGGAGACUGAUAUGCCGGUCAUGGUUCAGAUACAACAAUUGAUCCGAGGAGCCAAAAAUGCUGUGUCUCUGGCGCAGGGAGUAGUUCAUUGGCAACCACCCAAACAGGCACUGGAUAAGGUGAAAGAACUUGUAUGGGAGCCUUCAAUUAGUCGUUAUGGUGCUGAUGAAGGUAUGCCUGAACUCAGGGAGGCAUUGGUAAAAAAGUUGCAAGAGGAAAACAAGUUAUGCAAAUCUUCGGUUAUGGUUACUGCAGGGGCAAAUCAGGCAUUUGUGAAUCUUGUUCUUACAUUGUGUGAUGCUGGAGACUCUGUUGUCAUGUUUGCACCAUACUACUUCAAUGCCUACAUGUCCUUCCAGAUGACUGGAGUUACUAAUAUACUUGUGGGUCCUGGUCAACCAGAUACACUUUAUCCAGAUGCAGACUGGUUGGAGAAAACACUGUCAGAAACAAAACCAACCCCAAAACUUGUCACAGUUGUUAAUCCUGGCAACCCAUCUGGAACCUACAUUCCAGAACCUCUUCUUAAGAGGAUUUCAGAUAUUUGCAGAGAGGCUGGAUCAUGGCUUGUUGUGGACAAUACAUACGAGUAUUUUAUGUAUGAUGAUUUAAAGCAUUCUUGUGUGGAGGGUAAUCACAUUGUCAACAUCUUUUCCUUCUCAAAAGCUUAUGGGAUGAUGGGAUGGCGAGUUGGCUAUAUAGCAUACCCAUCUGAAGCAGAGGGCUUUGGUACUCAACUCCUCAAAGUUCAAGAUAACAUUCCCAUCUGUGCUUCAAUACUUUCACAACAUCUUGCCCUCUGCUCAUUAGAAGUGGGACCUGAAUGGGUUGUUGAAAGAGUGAAAGGUCUUGUCAAGAACAGAGAAAUUGUUUUAGAAGCGCUCUCCCCACUCGGAAAACAGUCUGUUAAAGGUGGAGAAGGUGCUAUAUACCUGUGGGCCAAGCUUCCAGACAAAUAUGUAGAUGACUUUGAAAUUGUUCGCUGGCUUGCUCACAGGCAUGGGGUGGUGGUGAUUCCUGGAAGCGCAUGUGGGUGCCCUGGAAAUUUGAGAAUCUCCUUUGGUGGCCUGUUAGAGGAUGACUGCAAAGCUGCUGCAGACAGGCUGAGAAGAGGGUUAGAAGAAUUGGUCAAAGAUGGAAUGGUCAAGUAACUUUCAUUUUUACAUUUAUUUCAACUAUACAAAUUUGCAAAAAAAAUUUGCAGCUAGUUUAAAAUAAUUGGGGGGUCUUUAUUCUGUCAGCAAAACAAUUAGGUUAAUUUCGGUGAUGUAUAUCCAAAAAGGCAGUUGCAAGUCCCAAAAUGUGUCUGUUUCUAUUAUUAUAGCCGUUGAAAUACAUGCUUCAGUGUUCAAAUAUAAAUAGUGUUUUAGUUUUC